AUGCAUUUCAUUAAGCGCAACCCGGACAACAAGUCACAUCGGACCAGCUUCGCCACGUACCCCCGCUAUGUCCGAAUGCUGUUGCGUUUGGACCAGGUGCCCUUCCUGCACAACGCCUUCGCCGCCUUCUUCGUCUGGCUUCUCCUCGCCGGCUUCUUGUUCUUCCCCGGAACCUUUACCUCGAUCCGGAAGUCCAUCGAGAACAAGAACACGAAUACCAUAGGGGACCAAGCCACCGAAUUGUUCGUCAAGUCGGUCAAGAACAUUCCCCUGCUGGUCAUUGCCGCCAUGGCGUGCGCAAUAUCCGUCGUCGGCAUGGUCUUUCUGGCCUGGAAGCACAGGGAUAACUACGUCUGGCUGCAGAACAAGCUGGUCAUCCCAGGUGUUGCCAACUGUCUGGCCGGCCUGAUCUCGACCUUGGUGGGCGUCUACUCGCAGCAGAAGGGGGUUUGGAGUCCGACGGCAAAGAUUACCGCCAUCGUGGAGGGCUCUUGCUUGGGCAUUGCGGCUGGGCUGUUUUUGAUCGUUGAGAGGCUCUUGAGGAGGGUCAGAGAGGAAAACACGACACACUACAAAAACUCGUCGCUUCGCUGA